AUCAAAUUAUAUUUUGUAAAAAAUCUUUUAACACAAAUUAAAAUGGAUGGGGUGUCGUUAUAUUACAGGAGCUUUAGACAGCAACAUCAUAUUUAUGAGCCUCCUAGAAGGAAGAUGAGCAGUGAAAGUCAUCGUAGAAUGUCUGCCGUAAGUCUAACACCAACGAAACAACAGGAAAACACAAUUCAACUAACUGAACGUUUCUCUGAACAAAUGUCACAACUCUGCAUGAACGAUGAUUAUUCGGAUGUAACUUUUAUUGUUGAAAAUGAAAAAAUACCCGCACAUAGAGUUAUACUUGCCGCGAGGACAGAAUAUUUUCGGGCGAUGCUUUAUGGUGGAUUGAGCGAGUCCAGUCAGAGUGAAAUAGAACUAAAAAUCCCUUUAGCCGCUUUUAAAGUAUUACUAAAAUAUAUUUACUCUGGCCACAUGCCGCUCUCACAGAUGGACGAAGAAACCAUUUUGGACAUACUCGGCUUAGCAAAUCAAUACGGAUUUACGGAGUUGGAAUAUGCCAUUUCAGAUUUCUUAAGGCGUCAUUUGUCGCUCUUUAACGCUUGUGCGAUAUUGGAUGCGGCGCGAUUGUAUAAUUUAGACAAACUGACAGAAGUGGUUUUGCAAUUCAUGGACCGAAAUGCAGAAGAAAUUAUAAAAUGUGAAUCUUUCAAAUCUUUAUCAAAGGAAGCGCUGCAGGAGAUGCUGGUGCGCGACUCAUUUUUUGUACCUGAAGUUAAUAUAUUUCAAGCAGUAUCAAAGUGGUGCGAACAUAACACGAACGUUAACUUCGAGUCUGUGGUUUCAUUGGUACGCUUACCGUUGAUGAAUUUGGAACAGUUAUUACAUGUUGUGCGCCCGACAGGUAUCCUUCCAGCCGAGAAAUUGCUUGAUGCCAUUGACGAGCAAGCAACGUCUAAAUGUUUGCCAUAUCGUGCUGCGUUAUGGCCAGAAGAGAAUGUCGCUACAGAUAAAUUUCAUUCACGUACUAUACAGGGAGAGUGCCGAAUGGCUUUAUUAGACGGUGAUUCCGUUAGCUACGAUAUGGAGAAAGGCUAUACGCGUCAUUGUAUCACCGAAAACAAUGAACAUAAUAUUACUGUAGAGUUAGGCACAAUAUGCAUUAUUAACCAUGUAAAGAUGUUGCUUUGGGAUCGUGACAAUCGUGCCUACUCCUAUUAUAUAGAGGUUUCCGUUAACCAAAACCACUGGGAACGUGUCAUUGACUACUCACACUAUCUCUGUCGAUCUUGGCAAUUUUUAUAUUUUAAAGAACGUCCAGUACGCUACAUACGCAUUGUAGGCACUUUAAAUACUUUAAACAAGGUGUUCCAUCUUGUGACUUUGGAGGCUUAUUACACAGCUUUUAUACCUAAAAUAGUUGGAGAUGUUGUUGCACCUACAGCAAAUGUGGCUACUAUUGAAAUGAGUGCUAUUGUCAUCGAUGGAGUCAGUCGCGCUCGUAAUGCACUGAUCAAUGGUGAUUACACAAAUUAUGAUUGGGAUUCCGGCUAUACUUGCCAUCAGUUAGGUAGCGGAGAUAUACUUGUUAGACUCGGCCAACCAUAUCAUAUUGGAACCAUGCGUCUCUUGCUGUGGGACUGUGAUGAUAGAUUUUAUAGUUUCUAUAUUGAAACGUCUGUGAAUCAAAAAGAUUGGGAAAUGGUAGUUGACAAGCGCAGUGAAUUAGCGAAGUCUUGGCAGAAUUUUUCUUUUAGACCAAGACCUGUGGCUUUCAUCAAAAUUGUUGGCACUCACAACACUGCAAAUGAGAUUUUCCAUUGCGUUCAUCUGGAAUGUCCUUCGCAAGAUCAAAAUUUUUUGCAAAUUGAGAAAGAAAAAGAAAAGAUUCGUCUGAGCCAAGAUGACAGAAAUAAAUCGGUGGAUAAUUCCAGUUCACAACAAGUCAGUACUCAAAAUGAAGGAAAUUCAAGUCGGGUUGCGGAGGAAAUCCUAAUCCCGCUUUGAGUGUAAACUUUGUAUUUUCGAAUAUUUUACAAUUAAGACAACAAACUAUACCAAAUCUUAAAAAUGUCCAAAAAUCAAAUUUUAAAUAUUUUUUAUGUACCUAAUGGUUUUUAUAAUUAUGUGUCUAACAGUAAUUAAUUUAUUCAUAAGAUUGAAUCCAAAAGCAAUAUUUCGAAAAUUUUAUGUGUAACUUUUACUGACAACCAUGAAAAUAUAUCCAAAAAAUGAAAGAUAAUUUUAUUCAGUGUCAAACGUAAUAAUAUAAUAAAUUUAUAAUAUAAAAUUUUUAUAAAGUAAGUCGUUCUAUUAUGUAUUAAAUAUUUUUUAAACU